AUGGACUCCUCCGACCCUUUACUGAGUGAGCUCUGCUCAAUAUGCCACGUUAACCCCCCAAAAUACCGCUGUCCGCGCUGCUCAACCCGCACCUGCUCCCUCCCCUGCACACGACGCCAUAAACUCUGGUCUCAAUGCUCCGGCGUCCGCGAUCCAGCCGCCUACCUAAAGCGAAGUGAACUAGCCACCGAAUCAGCAUUUGAUCGAGACUUCAACUUCAUCACGGGCGUUGAGCGCUCCCUCGAGCGCGCAGAUCGAGAGGUCGAGAACCGGGGGAUUGAUCUUGCGCGUGGACAGGCGAGUGGAGAUGGGGAUGAUGAGGGGCCGAAGAGGAAAGUCCCGCAGCAAGGACUUGUUAAGGGCGAAGCUGCAUUUUUGCGGCGCGCAGAGGAGGGUGCUGUGACUGUCAUCAGAGCGCCGAGGGGGAUGUCAAGGAAUAAGUUGAAUAACUCAAGAUGGCAUCCGAAGCAUAAGUGUCUCAGCUGGUCUGUGGAAUGGAUUUCUGCGGCUGGGGAGAAGAAUCUUCGGAAUUGUUUGGAGGGCCUUCCCAUUGCGGAUUCUUAUGAUCGUGGAUUUCCGGUGUCCAAAGAGAAAACGGGUCCUGAAUCGUCGAAGGUGGAGAAGAAAUCGGAUCAGCAGGAGGGUAAUGCUGCAGCGCAGGAUUCAACGGAUAUAGUCCCGUCUACGACCGUGGCGGAGAAUACUACCGAACCUACCGGUGAACAAUCAGAGCAGCCGUCUACUUCAGAAGCUGUUGAGAAAUCUACAGAAACAGCGAAAGAGAAUCCACAGGAUCUACCAAUUGGCUCGCAUCGUGGUCUAUACUUCUACCUCCAUCGUCCACGAACGACAGUCAAGAAACCAGUCUUGGUACCACUGUCGCCGGCAAUGACAUUGGCAGCCGCACUGCGUGAGCGGACGGUCAUGGAAUUCCCUACGAUAUAUGUGCUGCCAGCCUCCCCGGAAACAUUACUCGCAGAGAAAGACACAUCUCCUUUCAUUUUGGAAGAGGAAUACAUUCGUAUUGUCGGCCCAGAAGAAGCCACAGACAAGAGUGCACAAGCAGAGCAGUCAGAAACAGAAGUCAAUGCUUCAGAUCUGCCUGGAUCCUCAGUUGAUCUGCUGCAGAAUGUGGACGAGAACAAGGUGAUGGAAGUUUUGAAGCACGAUUUGUUCGAACCGGAAACCUGA